AUGGAUUUAUUGGAUCCUGUUUCCCUAUUCUUGCUGUUUGUCCUUUCCUUGGCAUUCUAUUUGAAAAGGGGCAAUUUCUGGAACACCAGCAAGCCAAAUCUCCCACCAGGACCAAGGCCAUGGCCCCUCAUUGGAAAUCUCCACCUCGUGGACCUCAAGAGACCUUACAGAACCAUGUCCCAGUUAUCGAGGCAGUAUGGUCCUGUCUUCAGCAUCCAAAUGGGAUCCCAGAACAUGGUUGUUCUGACGGGCUACGAGACUGUAAAGGAGGCUUUGGUGAACCAGGCAGAUGCCUUUGCAGAGAGGCCCAUGGUCCCAAUGUUUGAAGACUUUGCAAAAGGCUAUGGGGUUGUUUUUUCUCAUGGUGAGAACUGGAAGGUGAUGCGGCGGUUUACAUUAACCACGUUGCGUGACUAUGGGAUGGGCAAGAGGACCAUAGAGGACAGGAUUGUUGAAGAAUGCCAUUUCCUACUACAGAAAUUUGAAUCCUACAAAGGAAAACCGUUUGAGACCACUGUAAUCAUGAACACGGCUGUUGCCAACAUUAUAGUAUCCAUAUUACUUGGCAAGCGAUACGAAUACGAAGAUCCCACUUUUGAAAGAUUACUGAAGUUGGUCAAUGAAAAUAUCCGGCUUGCUGGAAGUCCCUCAGUCACGCUGUACAACAUGUUUCCUGCACUGCGUUUUCUUUCUGGUGGUCGCAAGACUGUCCUUAAGAACAGGGAUGAACUGUACGCCUUCAUACAGGCCACCUUCAUUGAACACCUCAAAGAACUGGAUGUGAACGACCAGAGGAGCUUUAUUGACGCUUUUCUAAUACGACAGGAAGAGGAGAAGAACAAGAACCAGACAAAUGGAUUUUUCCAUAACGAAAACCUAAAGUCUGUUGUGGGGAACUUAUUCGCCGCUGGCAUGGAGACCACUUCGACUACCUUGCGUUGGGGUCUGUUGCUGAUGAUGAAGUACCCUGAAGUUCAGAAUAAAGUCCAACAAGAAAUUACGAAGGUGAUUGGGUCUGCCCAGCCUCAGAUUGAACACCGAUCGAAACUGCCAUAUACAGACGCCGUAAUCCAUGAAAUCCAGAGAUUUGCUAAUAUUCUCCCUAUGAAUCUGCCACAUGCCACCACCGUGGAUGUCACUCUGAAAGGAUAUUUCAUUCCAAAGGGAACACACAUCCUUCCAUUGCUGUACUCUGUGCUGUACGAUGAAAGUCAGUGGGAAAAACCACUCCAGUUCUAUCCGGAGCACUUCCUUGAUUCCGAAGGAAGGUUUGUCAAGAGAGACGCCUUCCUGCCUUUCUCUGCAGGUCGGCGAAUGUGUGCUGGUGAGACCCUGGCCAAAAUGGAGCUCUUCCUCUUCUUUGUGAGUCUCCUGCAGAGAUUCACUUUCCAGCCAGCCCCUGGGACAUCCAAAGAAGACCUGGACCUGACCCCUGAAGUUGGGUUUACUACACCUCCGAUGCCCUACCGUUUCUGUGCUUUGCCGCGUUCUUAA